CUCUCGCCGUCCUAUAUAUUCUCUGUUCCCUCUUCAUGCUCUCUGUAAUCUUCGAUAAAGCUCGACUUUUACUUUCACCACUCCCAUUCUUUAUUCUGUAGGGAUAUUUGGUUAUAGCUAGGGUGCCAUGGAUUGAGCUUGCAGGGUGACACGCCUGCGGAUAAAAGUGGAAGAAAGUGAGAUGCUCUGUGAAUUUCUCACAUUCAUACCUUUUUCCGAAGGGUCCUGAGUUCUCAAAAAGCGCAGCCGAAAGACUAGAUGCUGCUGAUAACGUCCAUUUAGUUAGUUCAUCUUCUUGUUUAAUCAGACCAAGAAUUCAUUUUGUGUUUUGAGCAGAUUUCCAUUUGUUGAAAUGAGAGCGGCUUUGAGCAUGAUCCAGCAAACUCUAACGCCAGAAGCAGCGAGUGUUCUCAACCAGUCAAUCGCCGAAGCGGGUCGCCGCAACCACAGCCAAACGACGCCGCUUCAUGUGGCGGCGUCGCUGCUGGCCUCGCCCUCUGGGUUCCUCCGGCAAGCCUGUAUAAAAUCGCAUCCCAAUUCAUCUCACCCUCUCCAGUGCAGAGCCCUUGAACUGUGUUUCAGUGUCGCGCUUGACCGAUUGCAAACUUCGCAGAAUAUGAGCGCCGGGACAGAACCUCCGAUUUCGAACGCUUUAAUGGCCGCCCUGAAGCGUGCUCAAGCUCAUCAACGUCGUGGCUGUCCCGAGCUGCAGCAGCAACCCCUGUUAGCCGUGAAAGUUGAACUUGAACAGCUUAUCAUAUCCAUUCUCGAUGACCCAAGUGUUAGUAGAGUUAUGAGGGAAGCUAGCUUUUCUAGCCCCGCCGUGAAAGCUAUGGUUGAACAGUCAUUGAAUUUCUCUUCUUCGUCUUCCUCAGUCACUUCGAAUUCAAUAGGGUUGGGAAUCCGGCCGAAGACUGUGACACCGCCGGCUACAAAUAGUCGGAAUUUAUACAUAAAUCCCAGGCUCCAGUCGGGACAGCAAACGGUUGACGAAGUGAAAAGAAUUACUGAUAUAUUGUUGAGGACAAAGAAAAGGAAUCCAAUCUUGGUGGGUGAAUCUGAGCCAGAGUCAGUGAUGAAAGAGCUGCUGAGAAGAAUUGAGAAUAAGGAGAUGCAAGGGAUGGCUUUUAACAAUGCUCGUGUGAUUUUCCUAGAGAAAGAGCUACCUUCAGAUAAAGCACAAAUACCAGCAAGGCUAAAGGAGUUGGCGGAUUUGAUCGAGACUCGAAUGGGAAAUUCUGGUUCUGGAGGUGUUUUCUUGAACUUGGGUGACUUGAAAUGGCUAGUUGAGCAGCCUGUGGGUAUCGGAGCUGCUGGUUCUGGUAGUAUUAUGCAGCAACAAGCCCUUACAGAGAUUGGGCGAGCCAUCGUUGCAGAAAUGACAAAACUGGUUGCCAAGUUCAGAGAUACAUGUCGGCUUUGGUUAAUGGGUACCGCGACAUGUGAGACGUACUUGAGGUGUCAGGUUUAUCACCCUUCCAUGGAGAUUGAUUGGGAUCUUCAAGCAGUUCCAGUUGCAACCAGAGCACCCCUGUCUCAGACGUUUCCAAGGUUUGGGACAAACGGCUUUUUUGGUGUCUCUCUUGAAUCUUUAAAGGGCUUUCCUUGUACGACAAUGGUGCCUAGGCAUGAGAAAGCAGAUUCAGCUCCAAGAUCAAUGUGCUGCCCACAAUGCACGCAGACCUAUGAGAAAGAAGUAGCAGAUGCGAUGAAAGACAUUGAGAAAACUGAUUCCAUGAUCAGAUUAGAAGCAACUCGAUCGUCCCUUCCACAGUGGUUGCAAAAUGCUAGAACUGGCAGUGAAAUGAAGGAUCAGAUGAUGCAGAAUGAUAGACAAAAAGUGAUGACGACGAAGACUCAAGAAUUGCAGAAGAAAUGGCACGAAGCUUGCUUGCAUUUGCAUCCUAAAUUUCAUCAACCGAAGUUCAGCACAGAGAGAAUUGCUCCAACUCCACUCUCAUCUAUGAGCCUUUCCAAUCAAAACUUGUUGGGGCGUCAAUCUCAACCCAAGUUAGAGCUCAACAAAAGUCUUGGAUGCUCGCUUCAACUGGGGCCACCGGAACGCUCAUCAGUAAGCCCACCGGGAAGUCCAGUGACCACCGAGCUGGCACUUGGACAAGUAAAGUCAGGUCAUGUUAAGGACCUUCUGGGUUCCAUUUCUUCAGAAUCUCAAACUCAGAGCAACAAAUUGUUGGAUCACGACGACUCCUUCCAGAAGCUCCUCAAAGCUUUGGCAGGGAAGGUAUGGUGGCAGAAAGAUGCAGCAUCUGCAAUAGCGACAACUGUGACGGAAUGUAAAAUGGGAAAUGGGAAAAAGCGAGGAGGAGUAACAAAGGGUGAUACGUGGUUGCUGUUCUUGGGUCCUGACAGAGCAAGCAAGAAGAAGAUGGCGGAAGCUCUUUCUGAGAUUGUAUCCGGGUCCAGUCCGAUAACAUUCUAUCUCGGUGCACAGCGUGGAGAGACGAAAACCGACGUCCCUGUUCGUGGCAAAACAGCUUUGGAUCGAAUAGCAGAAGCCAUAAGGAGGAAUCCAUUCUCUGUGAUCAUCUUGGAGGAUAUUCACGAAGCAGAUUUGCUAAUUCGCGGCAGUAUAAAACGAGCGAUGGAGCAGGGUCGGUUUUGUGAUUCCCAUGGCAGAGAAAUUAGUGUCGGUAACAUCAUGUUCAUCCUUACUGCAAACGAGACUUCAACCAGUGAACAAAACGUUGCAAAUUUAAACGGAAGAAGCUGGCAAUUACGACUUUCGAUUGCAAAGAGAACAACCAAGCGUCGACUAGAUUGGUUAUGCCAUGACGAAAGAUUCACAAAGCCUCGAAAAGAAAGUGCUUCGGGUUUAACAUUUAAUCUAAACGAAGCUGUAGAAUCAGACGAAGACAAGACAGAUGGCUCAAUGAAUUCUAGUGACCUCACAGUGGAUCAUGAAGACAACCAUGUCACUCACAACAUCCAGUCACCCACUAGUUCUACCCCAUUCCUGAAUCGAGAAUUAUUGGAUGGCGUAGAUGAUUGUGUCGUCUUCAAACCCAUUGAUGCCGCCAGCAUUCGCCACAGUUUCACUGCCGCCGUAGAGAAAAGAUUUUCCGACAUCGUCGAGAAGAACAUGUGCAUUGAAGUACAGGAAGUGGCUCUUCGAAAGAUUGCCAGUGGGGUGAGGCUAAGCCAAACAAGCUUGGAUGAAUGGAUAGAGAAAGCAUUAGUUCCAAGCGUGAAGCAGUUGAAGAGAACGUUGGACGUCCAGAGUAACGAUGGUGAAUCCUUAGUCGUUAGGCUUGAAGAUGACUUCGACGGAGAUUAUGGUGGCCGGAGAUAUACAGAUUUGCUGCGUCCUUGGGUAAGAGUGGGGGUUGAGACCUAAGGAAAGGGACAAAGUGGUAAUUAUAAGAUAUUAGUUGGGACUUGGGAUAUAGAAAUAAACUGACUAACCAAAUGGCGGGGAAAAGACGAAGAAGGUUCUAACAAACGAACGGGAAAA